UAAAUUAUAUUCCAGUUCUCACCAUGUUACCAGCUAAUCAAUCUGAUGAAUCUGACCCCAAAGUAAAGUCCAAAGAUUCUGAUGACGAGAAAGCGAUUGACAAUGCAGCCACCAACCAAAUUUCAAACAAUACCAGACGUUCCUACCUUUUGAGUCGAGCUUUGGUUAAAUGUGCCUUAGACGGGGUUCCAUUCACAUUUAAAGACGAUAUCAAAUCAUUGCAAGUGUUUUUAUUUUACUCUGAUCAUCGAUUUGGAUACAUCACAGCGUCAGCCGUUUUUGUCCUUCACGCCAUCGCAAUUUGGGAAGACGAUAAACCUUCAACUACACAUUCAUACAUCAUUAAUUCAUUUGAAUUGAUAUGUUUGAGUAUUAUUUUAAUUAGACUAUUCUUUCUGUUCCUAUGCUCUCAUUUUAAAUCCUUUUGCUGUGAUGCAAAAAAUGUUUCUCAAUUACUGUUGAUUAGUCUUACAGUUGCCGAUAUUGUUUGCCAUCAGUCAAUAACUGGAGUGUUUCCAGCUCGAUAUUCGUAUUGUUUGAGACCAUUUUUCAUAUUUUUGCUCCCCGAACAACGUCAGCUUAGACGAAUUAUUCGAUGUGUAAUAAGUACUUUGCCCGAUCAGAUGAACGUCUUAAUUCUAUAUUUUCUUUCCCUCGGAAUGUUUUCGUUGAUUGGACUCAAAUUGUUUUCCCAAAGACGCUUAUUUGAUAAAGAGAGUAUGGCCUUUGACAAGUAUCAUGAAAGUCUUUAUCAUCUUUACGUUCUCGUUACAACAGCAAACAACCCUUCCAUUAUGUUACCGGCCUACAAUCACAAUCGUUUUUUUGCGCUUUUCUAUGUUAUAUUUUUGCUCAUUAACUGGCUUCUCUUCAUGAAUAUUGCGCUCGCUGUCAUUUACAAUUCAUACAAAUUACAUUUAAAAGAUGAUGUCUCGGCUCUUUACUCUCUCAAAUUAUCCAAUCUCAAUAAAGCUUUCGAUGUAAUCACUUCAAAUGGACAACAUGGAAUGACCAGGGAACAAUUUAAUCACAUUAUCGUUGAUGUCAUUCGAUACAAUCCAACUUUUGCGACAGUUUGCUCACGACAUUAUCUGUCAGUUGUUUGGUUUCUAUUACAGACAAAUGGACUUAUUAAUCGAAGAGAGUUUCUCAAGAUUGCUGAACUUCCUGGCAUACAGGUUAACAUAAUUUAUCCUGUUCGUUCUGAUGAAUUAUCCAUUUGGAUUAGCCGAGUUCUCGCUAAAUAUUACGAUUCUUCCUUCUCCAUGAUGAUUAGGAUUAUUGUUCAAAGUGUCUAUUAUCAAUACACAUCAGAAUGUAUUCUAAUACUUAACCUUAUUGCCUUGGCCAUUGAUAGCAGUCCAGAUCAUGUCGAUAUUGAGUAUUUCGUCUUGUUGGUUCAUGUUAUUGACAAUUUUGCCAAAUUGUAUACCCAAGGAGUAAUUGUUUAUUGUAAACAAUUUUGGAAUCUGUACAGUCUCACAGCAACAACAGUUGGUAUUUUCAUGUUGGCUUUGAUCGUUUUUGGUUUGGUUGGGGAAAAACAAUUAACACCUUAUUUCGAUGUUAUCUUGGUACUUCUAGCCUUGCCCAUAGUCAAAAUGAUUGGAAGAAUUGAAAGAUUCCAUUUGAUUGCUAGUACUGUUCGUUGGUUGAUACCGUUCAUUGUUAACUUUGGAAUCAUUCUUUUUGCUGCAAUUUAUUUUUUCGCCAUAAUUGGAAUGUUUCUGUUUUCUGGUUUAAUUGAAGCUAUUCCAGAAGGAUGUCCACUCGGUUCAAUUGAUUGUUGCCCUGCUAAUCUAGAAGCUAAAGGGGUUCGCUAUUGCUCUAUAAAUUUCAAUACAAUCCAAUCAUCAUUCCUUUUACUCUUUGAUUUGCUGGUAGUUAAUGAUUGGCAUCAAUUUGUGCGUAAUUAUGAAAUAGUUACUGGUACUAAAUGGGUUCGAUUAUACUUUGUCUUCUUCCACUUGUUAUGUGUAAUUGUGGCUCUCAAUUGUUUCACUGCAUUUAUUAUUGAAUCUUUCAUAUUGGAAUAUACCAGGAAUGAGUCAAACUCACCAUCGGGUCGCCUUAUGAACAGAAUCCGAAACUUGGCCAAAAACAACUGUCCCAAUGUUCGAUUAGCUUGUAAUCCAAUUGUCAGGUUAUUGGGUAAACACAAUGAUAAUGAAUGGGUUAUCUUCAACAUACCAGAAAAUGUUACAUUCCAUGUUGAGGUAACUGAAGCGUCAACAGUUGAAUCUUCAUUGAUCAGAGUUUUUCAAAAGGAGUUGGAAGACGAUGAUCAAUUCAAAAAAGCCAACGAAUUGUUCAAUACCAAGCCUGAUAACGAUAAAAAAGAUACUAAUAAAACUGGUAAACAAGCAUGAUUGCCAACGCAAUUGUAAAACAUUAAAGCUCCAAAAAGAUUGCAUUUUAAAUAAUGCAAGAAACUGGACAUAAGAAUAUGAAACACAAAUCAGUUGCUCAUUCGUCUUGAUUAAACUUUACCUGUUCACCCAGUUGCCAACUUUUUUAACAAAUCAUUGUAAAUAACUAAAUAAAUAUUAUUUUAACUAUA